GGGAUUCAAUUUUCUUAUAUUUACAAGAUUGACCCUCCGUGUUUGAAAUAUUACAUAAUUACCAAGUUUCAACGCCAAAAACCUCCCGCCUUCGACUUGACUUCAACCUCUUCGUCUAUUCGUCUUUUUUUGUCGUUGAAGCCGUGACUUGCCGGCACUGACCGGAGUCAUCAGCAACUCGCUCACUUGCUGCCGUUUUCUACUUUCUGUUUUAUGUUGUUAUUGCGCCAUUACCGCAGAGUUAUAUGUUGGCGUAGAAUUUAGCGAGGUAGGGUUGGGGAUUGAAGUGUAUAAACGUUUUGAAAAUGGAGAAGAAGCACCAGAUUGAUUCUCCGCUUAACUCCAGCCUGAUUGAUCUGAAAAAGUCGUUCAAGCUCGCCGUUCGCUCUCUCCUGACUUCCUGUUCCAGGGAGGAGUUUCGGGAAUGCUUUUCGGGAUUUACGACCGCGGAGCAAGAAAAUCUUCACAGUCUAUUCGUUCAGGUUAUAACUUCUUUGCAUGGAAACAUAGAGGACGAGUUUGAGUCAUUAUGUAUUGAAACCCAGGUAGGACGUGUACUUGAUAAUGUUGAACAACUUUUGGAAGAACAAGAUCUAGAUCCAUUGUACUCCAAGAAGACUAAUAUAAUGGAUAUUGCUGAUUAUCUGUCCAUCACAAAGAAGAAUGAGAUCCAACACUUGAAGGACAUGCUGAAAACGUCUGAGGAACAGAACCGGCAUAUUCAAGCCCGUAUCGAUGUCCUUAAGAAAGGAGUGGAAGAUGCCUCGGGCAUGGCUGAUGCUGUUGAGAAGCUAAGAAUCAGAUGCAGAGCUUCUGCAGCUGAUGGUGAUAACGGGACCUGCGACACAUGACUCGCUGCUGCCUGUUGCCAUUCUAUUUGAUUUCGUCCCGUUAAAUGCAUCUGGGAUUGGCGUUGAAUAAUGAGGUCAGUAUGUAAUUCAGUAGAUUUCUUUAUGUGUAAAUUUCUUCAGCUUAGCUCAAGCUUAAUAUGUUUUAUGUUGUGGAUCAUGUGUUCUUCUGUCAAUUCAACCGCUCUGUCUUUCUAUAAGAAAAAUCUGUAUAUGGCUUUUGUUUUUCC